CCCUCGAUGCUUAGCAGAGGUGACUCCGUCGAUAAUGUUCACGGGAAUUUAAUAGCCACAGAAACACAGAGAGUAAACUUCGUACCAGGUUCCAGCAAACAGGAACAUCGAUCGUCCCUAUUAUAACUAACGUCAGAUUAGACCGUCAAUUUGAACUGACGCACACCAGGCGUCGUUUCCAAAGCACUACCGUUACUGCGAGCAGUACAGUGUUAGCAUGGACACCGUUCUGAAGCGUCUGCGUCAUUGUGUUCGGCCUAUCAGACCAAGACGAGCUUACGUUGUUAUUGUGGUCGUACGACGUCAUUGCGUUGCUCGUUGGCAAAGACGUCGGUGGGAUAGAAUUGUCUUUUCCGAUAAGUCAUCAUGACGGGAGGAUGAGGGUAUUUAGGAAGAGAGGAGAGCGAUUUGCAGACGCAUGUUGUAGAGAGAAACAGGUUUGACGGGGGCAGUGUUAUGGUCUGGGGCGGGAUCAUGGGAAACAGGAAAACUGAUCUUAUGCCAAUGUUAAUGGCAAUCUUAAUGCAGCCGAGUACAUUAACCAGGUGUUAAGACCAGUAGCUGUUCCAUUCAUUAAUCAACAUGACCCCGCCACAUUGAUGCACGACAAUGUUCGUCCGCAUACGACACGGCUAACGCAGCAAUGGCGUUAACGUCUUGCCUUGGCCUGCCGUUUCUCCUGACCACAACCCAGUCAAGCAUAUUUGGGAUCCUCUUGGUUGUAGAGUUAGGUCAAGACAUGUCGUUAACAAUUUGCAGGAGCUACAAAAUUCUCUGCAGAUCGAAUGGAACAACAUUCCUGUACACGUCGUAUAACGUUACGUCAAUUCCAUGAGGCGCCGUAUUGUACAGGUUAUCGGACAAACUGGUGGUCAUACCCGGUAUUGAUCAAAUAAUCACACUAAAAAAAAACAUUGAGAGAGAUGGAAUACGUGAUUAUACUCACAAUAACACCAAUAUCACAGUUUGCGUAUUUUUCAUUUUGACCCUAAUUGACACAUGUAAUCGAAUUCUGUGCAUCUAUAGAAACCGCUACUUUUUUUUUUAAGAGAGAUUACUUGGGUUUGUAGGCAACUGAAUAAGCUAAACAGUGGUACCAAACAUCAUAAUUAUAAUUUCUAUUAUGGAUAUCAGGCAAACUAAGAAAAACCUCUAUGCACACUUUCUUUUGCGUUUUAGUAUAUUUAUAAUGGAAUGCAAAACCAAUCUUAUCACUAAAGAAAAAGAGUAUUAUCAGCUCGCCAUUUAUUCCUGACUUAUUGAUAAGAUUUCGGAAUACAAGUACAAUGCGUCUUGCAAAUUUUCUUACUUGUCACAUUGUUGUCCUGGUUUGCUUCUGUCUGAAACCUGUUCAGGCAAACAACGAAGCAACUUCUCAGACAAAUGAAGCUGACAAAUUCGAGUUACUCUUAGAACGGAUAGAACUUCUGGAACGCAGGAAUGUUGAAACGGAGAAGAAAAUGGAACAAAUGCAACACGACUUUACUUUGGAAAAAAGGUCUCUGACAGAUCGCAUUGCUGGACUGGAAAAGUUAGAAAACUUAAGAAACGGCGAUAACGCUCACACUAACGUUCCUGACAGACGUCAAGACGCGCCACAAGAUGAUGAGAAGUUCAAGGAUGAAAGAAUUGACCAAGAUCCUGGGUUAAAACAAACUCGUAUAAACAAGUCAGGUCCUGCAAGAGUACGACGUGCUUCUGUUGAGUCAGAGGCAGCUUUCUUUGCCACGGUUACACCGCAUGACAUACAACACUUGGGUGAAAAUCAGAACAUUGUAUUUGAUAACGCAGUUACCAACAUUGGCAAUGCCUAUCAUACUAACCAUGGCAUAUUCACAGCCCCUGUUGACGGCACGUAUGUAUUUUGCGCUACUGUUGCUGGGCGCCAUUAUACAGAUGGUAAAGAUUACUACGCACAUUUUGACGUAAAUGGAAAAUCAGUUGCUAACUUCAUCGCAUAUCCUAAUGAGCAAUCAACACAGAUGAUCAUUGUAAACCUUCAAUCGGGCGACGACGUGUCUGUAAAAAACAACCGAGCAGACGACCAUAUUCUUGGGGCAACGUGGACGUCGUUUUCCGGAUUCUUACUUUAUCAGAAUUUCGUUUCCUCAACAAAUGUACUCGGCUAAUAAACAAUAAAUAGUUCCCAUUGA